AUGUCCGUCCGCGGCGGCAACGCCCUGACGCCUUUUUCCAUCCAAGCCAUCCUCAACAAGAAGGAGGAGCGCGCCCGCCACGCGGCGGGGCGGCCGCCGCUCCCGGGGGCGGCCGGCGGCUGGCGGCUGUGCGGCGCCGCCGAGGACCCACCGCUGCCCGCGCCCGCCGCCCGCGCCCCGGCCCCGCGGACGCCGGCGGGCUGGGACUCGGACUCCGCGCUCAGCGAGGACCCCGAGGGCGAGCGGCGCUCCGAGGAGGAGGGCGCCGGUGGAAGCGCCCGCCCCGCAGAAGCCACGGGCGGGGGUCGGCCGGCGGAGGACGAGGCGCAGCCCCCGGAGGCGGCGGAGCGGGACACCACCGGCCUCAGCGACAGCGAGAUGUCGGCCGCCGUCUCAGAUCGCAGCCCUCCGGAGGAAGAGGACGGAGCGGGCAAGUGCGGGAAUCUGCUGCCGGGGGAGGAGGAGGCGGCGGCGGCUCCGAAGCCGCGGAAGAAGCGCUCCCGCGCAGCCUUUUCCCACGCGCAGGUCUUCGAGCUGGAGCGGCGCUUCAACCACCAGCGCUACUUGUCGGGGCCCGAGCGGGCCGACCUGGCCGCCUCGCUGAAGCUCACCGAGACGCAGGUGAAGAUCUGGUUUCAGAACCGGCGCUACAAGACCAAGCGGCGGCAGAUGGCCGCCGACCUCCUGGCCGCCGCCCCCGCCGCCAAGAAGGUGGCCGUCAAGGUGCUGGUGCGCGACGACCAGAGACAGUACCACCCUGGCGAGGUGCUGCGGCCGCCCUCGCUGCUCUCCCUGCAGCCAUCCUACUACUACCCCUACUACUGCCUUCCCGGGUGGGCUCUGUCCACCUGCGCCGCAGCUGCCGGCACGCAGUGAGAGGCACACACACACAAUCCCCGGCCCCGACACCCCCAGCAUACACACUGGCAGCCAGGAAACCCAUCUUCCCUCUGCCACCCCCCCAUCCAUCAAUCCGUCCGCUCCGCUUCUCAAGUCCAGAGCCCCAGCUGCAGCUCUCAGUGCCUCGGACAGUAUUUAUUAUUAUUUUAUUGUUAUUUUUAUUAUUAAUAUUUUUGGAUGGUUCCUCACCCUCUCCUCUUUCAACGUAGGACUUCUUGGCCACCCCCACCCUGACCCUCACCCCAUCCCCAUCCCGCCAGCCGAGGACUCUCGCGAUUCGGCACAACUUGUUCAUGGUAUCCAUGUUGUCAGUGUAUUCGGUGUAGACUUUUUGUUUGUUUGUUUUAUUUUGCUUUGGAUGGGUAGAGACUCGAUCUUGUGUGGAGAAAAAGAGAAAGAAAACAAAGGAGAGGAAAAAAAAAUACAACCCGCAAAACCAAUUGCAACUCAAAAGAGGAGAUCAAGGACUCCCUCAGUGGAUUGUAAGGAAGAUUAUUUUUGUCGUCUGAGUCCUUGGUCUUCCAACUUGUUGCAAACUGAGUGUGCCUUGUAUGGUGCUGAAUGUAUGGAAGCCUCUUUCAGGUCCCCCUGCUCUUGUUGCCCAUGUUAUUCCUGUACUCCAUGAUCCCUGGCAAAGGAUAAAUAUGUCACAAAAGGGUGAGACUUAUAUCAAAACUCUGACUUCUUGUUUUCCUUUUUUUCCUGAGAUCUUUCCGUGUUCGGGGAGGGAGGAGUUAUGGAUUUUUCGCACUUUCCAGAUGUAUUAAAGUUGUUAUUUUUAUAUUCAAUGUGAAUAUUUCUAGUCAGGCUUUUUAAGAAAUCGAUGUAACAGGAAACUUUAAUACCGUCAGUGCCUUUUACAAUUCUUCUGCAGAGCUCUCCUCCAGGGGUGGGGGUUUCUGAUCUGCUCAGCAAUGUAAUUACAGUCUCUUUCUUCCAAGGUAACUCGUUGCU